CAACAACCCUUGCUUCAUUCUUGCAAUCGCCAAAAUCGUGCAGGGAGGUAGGCAGGUCCUUUUUGGAUACCUUCUGUGACCAUGACACCGCGGUUCUGCGACAAGAUAACCGCAGGGACCCCGAUGUCGUCAUGGACACCUUCCGCUUCCGCCUUAAUUGUCUCGACAACUACCAGGCGACACCGACAGAUCUCGAUCCAGUACUAAGACGAAGUUCUGGGCCAUCGCAAAAGUCGCGUAAGCAGGCGCCUGAUGUUCCAGUGAUUCGAGCGUUCGGCGCCACCGAAACUGGUCAGAAAGUAUGCGCGCACAUACACGGAGCCCUGCCAUACUUGUACCUUGAGUACACAGGUAGCUUGGAGAACGAUGUUGUUAAUGUCUACAUCCAAUCUCUUCGAGCCUCCAUUGAUCAUGCUCUGGCCCUGACGUACCGCCGGAACGCCUACGAUGGAAAGUCAGAAUAUGUUGGACAUAUAUCCCUAGUCAAGGGAAUACCAUUCUUUGGAUACAAUGUUGGGUACAAAGUCUUUCUCAAGGUCUAUAUGCUCAACCCUAUGCAUAUGACGCGCUUCGCCGAUCUGCUGCACCAAGGGGCCAUCUUAAACCGCACUUUUCAGCCGUACGAGAGCCAUCUGCAAUACCUGCUGCAGUGGAUGUGCGAUUAUAACCUAUUUGGCUGCGACUACAUCAAUUGCACCAAAGUUCAGUUCCGUGGCCCAGUCCCAGACAGCGACGAGAUUGACACAAAGACGCACAAAUGGCACGACACCUCGGUCCCAGAGUCAUUCAUUACGGAAGACGAUCAGUAUCCUCGUAUGAGCCACUGCGCACUCGAAGUCGAUAUAUGUGUACAAGAUAUUCUGAACCGACACGAACUUCAGUAUCGACCUAUCCACCAUGACUUCCUGGAACGAUCGAGUCAGAUGCCUAGUAACCCGGACGACAAGUUUGUACCGUCCAUGGCCGGCCUAUGGAGAGAUGAGACGCGUCGCAGGAAGCGGCAGAUGGGCCUCAGCGAUACAGCAAGCACUCCAUUUCCCGCUGAGGUGAUGGUCUCCAUGUCUGCAGAUCCGCGGAAUACAGACAAGGGCGGAUGGAUACACGAGGGAGAGUACCGGGAGCUUGUGGCUAGUCUGAUCGAGGAAGAGCAGCCACAUAGGGACAAUGUCAGUUUCGGUACUUUCGUAAAGGACGUCCCUGGAUUGGAGAAGAUCAGAACGACAGUCGAAAGUGUUGAGGAUCUAUAUCCCGAGAAUCUUUGGAGUCAGCGGAUAGAUGAAGACGAGCAAGAACAAGCGGAUGAAACAGAGCCCAUGGGAGACGAGGAAGUCAGAAGUACAAUGACCUUGGUCAAUGCUCUGCCCGGCCCAGAUGAGAUGCCUCGCAUUGUUGAACAACUUCCCGAUAUCAUUGUGGACGCUGCUGAGGAGGAUCAAGACGGCCAGUCUGACACUGAGGAAGAUCAAUCUCUUGAUCCGCUCACAAGGUCGCUUCUCCAGCAGUCCGGCACCGGCGAUACUUCUGAUGACCACUCUGACGUAGGCAUCGAUCUUGUUGAUCCUAGCGAGGCUGGCAGCGUCGGUGACCCAAACAGUCCAUCAACAGUCCGUAAGAGGCAUCUUGAGCCAGAAUUCGCCUCUCCUCGGAAACGCCAACGUAUUUUGAACUCUUCCCCGCUCACAGCAAAGAAGAUCUCUUUCCGUGAGAGACUUGAGGGUGGUAAGAAAACAAGCACAUCUCGAAAAGCCGCUCAGGAUGAGCCUCCUUUGAGUCAGUCAUCCCGAAUAAGCAUCAAAGCUCAAGGACAUGGAGGGCCAACUACCAUGUCUUUUCCAGUCGUCAAGAACUCACACGACCUAGGGACGAGAUUACGAUUGAGCCAGUCGAGUUACUCGAACUCACAAGAACUACCAAAGACGCCCGCAAAGCACCUUAUGCCUGGGGGCACACUUAUGACCCCUGUGACCCCUUGGACGCACCAAAAGACUUCACCUAUCAGACUGAGCAGCAGCGGACCAGAGGCAAUUGAUGAAGCAAAAAUGUUAGCCAAACAUUUAGCAGAGUCGCUGCCUCAGAACAAGUUCACAAUGUAUUUCAGCACACUCCCUCCUUGCCUGGAUGAGGUGGCAGACACCAUGAUGCAUGCUGGCUUGCCACCUGUCAUCUUUCAAGAUGCCUAUUACAGCAACGAGAAAGAUGUGCCAGAUCGACCACGCGAGUACGCUGGUCGUGAGUUUAAGCUACAAAGCAUGACGCUACCCUAUCUGCCUCCAUUCGAUCCAUCUGGCAAGCAUCCUGCCAAUUUCGGUGAACAGAAGCCAAUAUUGGUGGACAAGAAGAGAGAAAAGGCGAAAGACAGAAUCAGAUCCCAGCGCUGUAGUCUGCGCAACUGGGAAAUCGCGAGACCACCUCCGACUAUCGGUGAAGUGGAGAGUUGGCUAAAAGGGGAAGCCUCGAAGAGCGCGCCGUUGAGGCUACCGUCGAAACACAAGAAAGUAGAAUCACCCAAGCCACGAAAAGUCAAGUUCAUAGACCACCUCGCCCAGAUUGAGGGACCGACGCAGAAGAACAAGCAUGGAUUCAAGUUCUCACAAAAGCAAAAUUCGACCAGCGUCAAGUAUAAGACUGAGUACAUGAGCAUCAUGAGCUUGGAGGUACACGUCAAUAACCGAGGUGAUCUCGUGCCAGACCCUGCGGAAGAUGAGAUUCAGUGCAUCUUCUGGACAGUCGAAGGGGAAGAGAAUGCGACAACAGAUCGACCGCGGAUCGGAAUCCUCUGUCUUUCAGAUGAGAACGGCAUCGCUGAGCGAAUAGCCAAGCAGGUCAAAACAGAAGUGGAGUAUGAAGAGGAUGAGCUAGAUCUCAUCAAUCAUAUCGUGGACAUUGUUCGUCAAUUCGACCCCGAUAUCCUCACGGGCUACGAGGUCCACAACAGCUCCUGGGGUUACCUCAUUGAGCGAGCGAGGAUGAAAUUCGAGUACAAUCUAUGUGACGAGAUCAGCCGCAUGAAGUCGCAAUCCCAUGGAAGAUUCGGUAAAGAAGCAGAUCGCUGGGGCUUCACCCAUACCUCAACGAUCCGUGUCACCGGGCGUCACAUGAUCAACAUCUGGAGAGCCAUGCGAGGAGAGCUCAACCUGUUGCAGUACACGAUGGAGAAUGUCGUCUUCCAUCUUCUGCACAAGCGCAUACCUCACUACACACACUCAGAUCUCACAGGAUGGUACCUCAGCACCAAGCCUCGCGACUUGUCCAAAGUGUUGAACCACUUUGUAUCUCGCAUCCAGCUCAAUCUCGACAUUCUGCAAGCAAACGAGAUCGUACCGCGUACGAGUGAACAGGCACGGCUACUCGGGGUCGACUUCUUCUCGGUCAUUUCGCGCGGAUCACAGUUCAAGGUCGAGUCCACCAUGUUCCGCAUUGCUAAACCAGAGAACUUCGUCCUCAUUUCCCCGAGUCGCAAGCAGGUUGGCCAACAGAAUGCCCUUGAAUGUCUGCCGCUCGUUAUGGAGCCACAGAGCGAUUUCUACUCUAGCCCUCUAUUAGUGCUUGACUUCCAGUCUCUAUACCCCAGUGUUAUGAUCGCGUACAAUCUCUGUUACUCAACAUGCCUAGGCCGCGUUACGAGCUGGAGGGGUCGCAACAAAAUGGGAUUCAUGGACUUCAAGCGUGAGCCUCGACUGUUGGAGCUCGUGAAGGAUCACAUCAACAUCGCACCAAACGGUAUGAUUUACGUUAAGCCGGAGAUGCGAAAGUCUUUGUUGGCCAAAAUGCUGGGUGAAAUUCUUGAGACGCGAGUGAUGGUGAAGAGUGGUAUGAAGCAAGACAAGGACGAUAAGACACUACAACAGCUUCUCAACAACAGACAGCUUGCUCUCAAGCUGCUGGCCAACGUUACUUACGGCUACACAUCCGCCUCCUUCUCUGGCCGCAUGCCGUGCUCCGAGAUCGCCGACAGUAUCGUCCAGACCGGCCGCGAGACGCUCGAGAAGGCCAUUGCUCUUAUCCACGCGACCGAAAAAUGGGGUGCCGAAGUUGUUUACGGCGACACAGACUCGCUCUUCAUAUAUCUCAAAGGCCGCACGCGCGACCAAGCCUUCACCAUCGGGGAGGAAAUUUCAAAAGCCAUCACAGACGCCAAUCCGCGUCCCAUUAAGCUAAAAUUUGAGAAAGUAUACCACCCGUGCGUCCUGCUCGCAAAGAAACGCUAUGUCGGCUUCAAGUACGAGCACCGCAACCAGACCGAGCCCGACUUCGAUGCAAAAGGCAUCGAAACCGUGCGGAGAGACGGCACACCCGCAGAGCAGAAGAUCGAAGAGCGCGCGCUGAAGAUUUUAUUUCGCACAGCCGAUCUAAGUCAAGUGAAGUCAUACUUCCAGGACCAGUGCGCGAAGAUCAUGCAAGGCCGCAUCUCCAUCCAGGAUUUCCUCUUCGCAAAAGAAGUUAAACUCGGCACCUACUCUGACCGCGGACCGCCGCCGCCAGGAGCCUUGAUAGCGAUGAAACGUAUGCUGGCAGAUCCGCGCACAGAACCUCAGUAUGGCGAGCGUGUACCGUACGUGGUUAUAACUGGUGCGCCUGGUGCACGCUUGAUAGAUCGUUGUGUGGCGCCUGAGGUGCUGCUCGCAAACGACCAUCUCGAGCUCGACGCUGAGUACUACAUCAGCAAGAACCUGAUUCCGCCGCUGGAACGCAUAUUCAACCUCGUCGGCGCGAACGUGCGGCAGUGGUACGACGAGAUGCCCAAGGUGCAGCGCAUGCGCAACAUCACUAUUCCGCUGCCCAGUAAGCCUAACCCAGGUAUCGCAGGCGGACAAACGAACCUCAAAAAGACGCUCGAGAGCUACAUGAAGACCUCGUCUUGCCUUGUAUGUCGCGCGAAACUGCCACCACCACCGACAUACCUACCGGGUAUCGCGCCUGAUACUUUCUCUACACUUCCGCUUUGUGGGAAGUGUCUUAGACGUCCGGCACGCGCCCUGCUGACGCUGAAAGAGCGCAUUCGGGAAGCCGAGGUCAGAGUCAAGGAGGUCGACAUGGUGUGUCGCAGCUGCUCGGGGCUUGCAUGGGGUGAGGAGAUUAGAUGUGAUAGUCGCGAUUGCCCAGUAUUUUACACACGGGUCAAGGAGAAAAGUCGGUUGGCGAAUUUCAAGGUGGGGGUUGGGCACGUGGUGGAGGAGAUGGAGGAAGGCAUCACCGAGCAGUAUCCGAAGAAGCAAGGCAAGGGCAAGGGCGAUAAAAGUCAAGCGACAAGUGAGGCUCUUUACUGGUAGAUGAGAAGUGCACUGUGUAUCGAGGAUUGUGUAGCAAGCCUUGAUCCUCCAUCAAACAAUUGUC